CAGCAGGAGGUGGUACAAGCCACACCAAUGGUGAUGACAGAGGAAGCUCUGCCCUUUGUUCAGGAGGAGUGCGGGUGCUUUCUUGGCCGGCGUUGCUGCUCUCACAGCCACCAGAAAUUGUGAUCAGAGGACACCUCACUGGUCAUGUGCAAGGAGCACUGCUCGUCGUGCCUGCACAGCACUCCACAGGAAGGAGGAACUGGAGGAACUGGAGGAACUCACUCUCUCCAAGGACAGCAAGAGAACAGGUACCCUACAUCAGGUUUUCAUGGCUGGCAAAGCCCCGAACUCUUUCAAUUAGAAUGAAUCACUGAUUCAGCCCAGAACGUCCCUUGUAAAAGGCUUAAUUUGCUUUUGCAGGAACUGUACGUUUUGAUACUCCCAAAAUGAACCACAGCAGCUGCAAUAUCACAGCCUAUGAAAUAUUUUCAGUUUUCCAGCUGUGUGUUUACAUCCCAGUUUUGGUUCUGGGCAUCGUGCUGAACGUGUUGGCGCUGUGGGUGUUCUGUUGCAAACUUGGCAAAUGGACAGAAACCAGAGUAUACAUGGUUAACUUGGCUGUGGCUGACUGCUUGCUGCUCUUCACCUUGCCGUUCAAAACUCUGUCCCAGUUCCAGCACCUGAAGGUGGACGGGUGGUGCCUGGUUCUGGAAGGUGGCUAUUUCACAAACCGCUAUAUGAGCAUCGGUAUCAUCACCCUCAUUGCUGCUGACAGGUACCUUGCAAUCAAGUACCCUCUGAGAUCCAAGGCACUCAGGUCACCGCUGAAGGCAGCUUUUGCCUCUGGAUUCCUUUGGAUAGUCAUCAUCUGUGAAACUUCCCUUAUUAAAAGCUUUGAGGACCGAAGAGAGGAUGAUUUUUGCUUUGAAAAAUCUUCUGUGACACCCUCGGUGAUCACGCUGUGUGCCAUUAUUACAGGGUUUUUCAUACCGCUGCUCAUCUUGAGUUACUGCUCCAUACAAAUCAUUGCAGAGCUCAGGAGAAAGAAGAUUGACAGCUGUUGCAACGAAAUGCUGACCAGGAAAGCUGUCUACAUUGUGUCUGCAAACAUGGCUGUGUUCAUCAUCUGCUUUUUACCUCUUUAUCUCGGGCAUCUCCUCCGCUUUGUCCUGGACUCCAUCAGCUCCGACUGCUCGGCAAUACAGAGCAUCAACAACUUCGUUCACUUCGCCUCCAUCCUCGCCAACACAAACUGCUGCCUGGAUGCCAUUUGUUACUACUUUGUCAACAAGGAAUUUAAGGAAGCAUCUUCCAAGCUAGCAAAGUCUAAAUCUGAGGCCAGUGAAGAAGCUGAAAUUCAGCUCCCACAUGUAGCACAUUAACACAGAACACAUACAGCACGCAUUUUGCAUUUGCUGUGUUCAACUGGGGCUCACAAGCAGGGUUUCACAUUUGCUUUUUAUACAAGUGGGAUGGAGGGACAUUCUGCUAAUGGGAAACAUUCAGAUACAUGAUUCAGCUCUGAAUCAGACAACCACAGCAGUCCAGGUUCUGAUCUAAUGAUCUAGAUUGCCGCUGACAAUUCUCUGCCUUAACGCAAAUUUGUGUAAAAUGGUAGAUUUCCCCUGCCAAAAACCCCCAUCCUUCAUUUUCCCAUGAAACCCAAAAGAAACACAGGCACUGGUAAAGGAUUGGGUUUUGUCUCUCAUCCCCACCUUGGAUCAGUGUUUGUGCAGCUGUGACAAAGAAACGGGCUAUUCCAAACGUCAACAAAUUUUUAAAAAAUCAGAGUGAAAGCAUGCGGAAAAAGAAAGGAUGGUGUUUCUGCAAGUCACAGUCUUACUGGGUUUUAGUUGCCAAUAAUGCCCAAUCCCAUAACAGGCAUAUUUAGCUUGCUUUAAAGAACUUUACAGCAAUGUGACAGCAACAAAUGGUCGUCAUUACAACACAAGGUCAGAAGAAAUUGCAAUUGCUUGCACUGGGGAAAAACUUGUGUGAGUCAAAAUGUUUGAGUCAAAUGGCAUUAAAAUGAAAUAAAAGAGUUGGUGCAGGGCAGUGGGAACAAGGACUCUGUAUUAGGAUUCUAUUCAAUCUUAUAAUGUAAAGGACUGUCUAAAGUGGUAGCAAAGCUGUUCCAAAGAAAUCAACCUAAAUAAACUUGUGUCUCUAGCAUGGAAUUCAGUUUCUUAAUGAGUUAGGUGGAAAAGGGGGGAGAUGGGGUUGUAGAGGACCUGCUGUGCUGCCUGUCCAGGAGGGACAGCUCCCGGUUGUCCAAGCCAGGGGCAGUGGGUACGAGCUCUAACUGGGACUGGGAUUUUUUAAGGCAGAGCAGAGUGUCCCACCCUGUGGUAAUUUUACCACAAACACCUAAAAAGUUGUUGAAACUACUCAGCAGCUUCAGACCACACACCCUGAGCUGGGCUGUACCGUGCACGCACCUCCACUCACACCUCCUAACCCCAGGCUGA